AUGGACUACGAAAACGAUCCUGGAUGGCAGUAUCUGCGACGAUCCCGGGAGCAAAUGCUCGCGGAUCAAAGCAAACCGUAUGACUCGAAGAAAAACGUUUGGGUACCGGACAACGAAGAGGGCUAUGUCGAAGCAAUCAUUACAAAAACUGCUGGUGAUAAUGUCACUGUCAGCAUAGGGCAAGGCAACGAGAAAACCUUCAAGAAGGACCUCAUACAGGAGAUGAAUCCGCCGAAAUUCGAAAAAACCGAGGACAUGUCGAAUUUGACAUUCCUCAACGACGCCUCUGUACUCCAUAAUCUGCGAUCACGUUAUGCUUCUAUGCUUAUCUAUACUUAUUCUGGUCUUUUCUGCGUGGUGAUCAAUCCGUACAAAAGACUUCCAAUCUACACAGAUUCCGUCGCCCAAAUGUUCAUGGGAAAACGAAGAACCGAGAUGCCACCGCAUUUGUUCGCCGUUUCCGAUGAAGCCUACCGUAAUAUGCUACAGAAUCACGAGAAUCAAUCUAUGCUUAUCACAGGAGAAUCUGGAGCAGGAAAAACUGAAAACACCAAGAAGGUAAUUGCCUAUUUCGCCGCUGUCGGUGCCUCACAACAACAGCAGUUUUCGAAAAAAGAAGAAAGCACUGCUAAGAAAGUCACCCUCGAAGACCAAAUCGUUCAGACUAAUCCUGUGCUUGAAGCUUUCGGUAACGCGAAGACCGUUCGUAACAACAACUCAUCGCGAUUCGGAAAGUUCAUCCGAAUCCACUUUUCGAAGCAGGGACGUGUAGCAUCAUGCGAUAUUGAACAUUACCUUCUCGAGAAAUCCCGUGUGAUCCGUCAAGCUCCCGGAGAAAGAUGUUACCAUAUCUUCUAUCAGCUGUUCACCGGAUAUGUCCCGUCCCUUUUGAAGGAUUUGAUGCUGGACAAGCCUGUCAAGGACUACUGGUUUGUCGCCCAAGCUGAGCUGAAAAUCGAUGGUGUCAAUGAUAAGGAGGAAUUCCAAUUGACCGAUGAGGCCUUCGACAUUCUGAAGUUUACCCCUGAAGAGAAGAUGAACUGUUACAAGUUGGUAUCUGCAAUGAUGCACAUGGGUAAUAUGAAAUUCAAGCAGCGCCCUCGUGAAGAACAAGCCGAAACUGACGGCACCGACGAAGCGGAAAAAGCAUCCGCCAUGUAUGGUAUCGAACCGGAGGAGUUCCUUAAAGCUCUUACCCGCCCACGUGUAAAAGUCGGUAACGAAUGGGUAAACAAAGGACAGAAUCUCGAACAGGUCAACUGGGCCGUUGGUGCAAUGGCAAAGGGUCUCUAUUCGAGAAUUUUCCAUUGGCUGGUAAAGAAAUGUAACCAGACUUUGGAUCAGAAGGGUAUCAGUCGUGACUACUUCAUUGGUGUGCUCGAUAUCGCCGGUUUCGAAAUCUUCGACUUCAAUUCAUUCGAGCAGCUUUGGAUUAACUUUGUGAACGAGAAAUUGCAACAGUUUUUCAAUCACCAUAUGUUCGUUCUUGAACAAGAAGAGUACGCUCGCGAAGGAAUCCAGUGGACGUUCAUCGAUUUCGGUCUGGAUCUGCAAGCUUGUAUUGAGCUCAUUGAAAAGGUAAUUUCAGACUGA